AUGCGCGCUCAGCAAAUUCCACCCACCGCAACUGGCGGUAAGGAAACAGCCAAUCGUGGGCAUCUCAUGGAGAACAUGUAUGCUUUGAACCUGCAGCAGACACUUUGUAACCAGGUCCACACACCAGAAAGAGAUCCCAACCCAGCCGUAGUGCCAAUCUCAGGAUCCAAUCAGUGGAUGGUCGUGAACCCCAUCGCAGAGUCUCUGGAGGCUCACAACUUAAUCCACACGAUUCAGGAGACCUUGUACAGCUUCGAUGACACCGACUACCUGGGAAUCUACCAGGAGGAAAUACGGUCCGAACCUGAGCAGGGAGCAGUAGCAGCAGCAGGAGAAGGUGGCCACGUUGUCGUGGGAGCUCCAGGCCCCGUGGAUGAUGGUAACCAUGAGGGCGGCGUCGACAGCCAGGAGUCUGGGCAGCAGCAGCAGCAGGGGGAGCAGGUGCUUGCAACCACCAUGGGUCCCCAGCCUGGGGCUGGGAAGCAAGGUCGCCCCCGCAAAAAGUUUACCCCAGUACAGGUGCAGGAGCUGGAGAGCGUUUUCGAACACACUCAAUACCCCAGCGUGCUUGAGCGAAAGGAGCUUGCAAGACGCCUGGACAUGACGGAAGUCAGAGUGCAGAGGUCCAAAAUUGCUGUCUAUGAGAAAAUGUGGUCUUACAUGAAACCAGCAGAGCCAUCUGUUUUUACCAAAACAACAGCAGAUGGAGUGGCCCAAGUGCGGAAGUCCAAGGGAAACUUCGCCUUCCUGCUGGAGUCAACCAUGAAUGAGUACACUGAGCAGAGAAAACCGUGUGAUACCAUGAAAGUUGGUGGAAAUCUGGAUUCCAAAGGCUAUGGUGUGGCACCCCCUAAAGGCUCAGCAUUAAGAAAUGCUGUUAACCUGGCAGUAUUCAAACUGAAUGAGCAAGGCUUCUUGGACAAAUUGAAAAACAAAUGGUGGUACGACAAAGGAGAGUGCGGCAGCGGGGGCGGUGACUCCAAGGACAAGACCAGCGCUCUGAACCUAAGCAAUGUGGCAGGAGUUUUCUAUAUACUUGUCGGAGGCCUGGGGCUGGCCAUGAUGGUGGCUUUGAUAGAAUUCUGUUACAAAUCACGAGCAGAGUCCAAACGCAUGAAACUCACAAAGAACACCCAAAACUUUAAGCCUACUCCUGCCACCAACACUCAGAAUUAUGCUACAUACAGAGAAGGCUACAACGUGUAUGGAACAGAGAGUGUUAAGAUCUAGGGAUCCCUUCCCACUGGAGGCAUUUGAUGAGAGGAAUAACCGAAAACGAGGCUGCUUCAAGGAUCCUGAGCCAGAUUUCACUGUCCUUGGUGUCGGGCAUGACACGAAUAUUGCUGAUGGUGCAAUGACCUUUCAAUAGGAAAAACUGAUUUUUUUUUUCCUUCAGUGCCUUAUGGAACACUCUGAGACUCACAACAAUGCAAACUAUCAUUGAAAUCUUUUUGCUUUGCUUGAAAAAAUUAAAACAAAAACCAACAAAAAAAUGGACAUGCAAGAUUCCAGUAUGCGAAAAUAAAUCUUAUUUUAAAAAUAAAUUCAGCAAAAGCCAUUCUUUGAUACCACUUCACAGUACACAAACACCAUGUUCUUGAAUACACACACACACGCAUACACACACACACAAAUUUAAAAUUCCAAUUCAGCAAAUAUGCUCAUCUUAGCUAAAACAAUUCCUCUUGAUUAAAAAAAAAUCUCUGACUCCCAAUGUUUGGGAAGACAGACUGGCAUUUCUUCUAGGAUCUGCUGACCAAAUGUUUUUGGUAUUUCCUGUUGGCAGUGAUGUUCUGUGCACUCUCUUUCCUUUCAGCAUCAAUGAAAUGUGUAUAUCCUUAGAACGUAAAUGUAACACUUAAGAAAAUUCAAACACUUCAGAAAAGGGACUAAAUUGUGACUUCUUUGUAUUCUUGAAAUGGCUUUGUGAAAAUGUUUUGACAAUUUCCCACUUGGUGAAGUGAUUGACAGACCUUAAGAAAUUCAAGGGACUGGGCACUAUCAGGCAUACCUCUCGGUGCUUUCCUAAAAUGGAGCCCGAGACUUACCAAGAAGCCAGGACUUUCAGCUUACAGAUCUGUUUUCCUUGCUUCACUGUGUAUUUUAAGUCAAUAUAGUUGAGUAUUUAGCAUUGAGGUGAGGGAAAUUCUGCCUAUACUCCCAGAUGUGUUUAGAAUAUCUUUCUCAGACAACACUGUGUUUAGCUCUGCUUCUCUGCUAAGUAUGCCUUUCAAGUGUACUCCAUGGAGACAGGACCACAUUGCACGGCAGGCCAGUGGGCUCAGACCACAGUUCUCAAUAUGACUUUACUCUUGAUAGGUCUGUCCUACCAGCUGUUGCCUGCUAAUGCCUGUGGCUCUCCGUCAGACUGCAUGUGACCUUUUCUAGUUUGCAAAGACUAAAAUGCAUUCUUAAACUCUGCUAAACUGAGGACUUCAGCAUCACUCCCAGGUCCUUGUUCAGAGCAGUGUCUAAUGACUCUCAGAAGAUCACUCUACUGAUCCAGGAGCUACCAAGUAACUAAUUGUGUACCUGCUGUUGGCAUCAUCAGAACAGUCAGAGGAAAUAGUCUCCGCUCACUAAUUACCUCUUCUAUAACAAUGUAUGCUUUCUGUAGUUCAGUAGUUUGUUCUCAUCAGUGAUGUGCAUUGGGAAUUUUCCAGACUGUAAGAACCAGGAACUCUCAUUCAUUUCCCAGGUGUGACCCUUAGAUGCUUAGUUGACUUGCUGCAUGUUUGCUCUUGUCUUCAGAAGAGAAAGGAAGAACAAAACAUUUCCCCAAAAAAUGUAACAUAAACUUUCCAAAAAUUGUGUCAUAAGCAUAUAAUUCACCUGUUAAAUUUUAAAUAGCAUUGAACAAAAAACGAAGCUAUUGUGUUUUGCUUUGUUUUUUAAUGAAACUGUGAUUUCCAAUUUCUGAAUGCCAUAAUGUUCCCAGUGCAGGAAGCUAAUGCUGUGAGAAUAUGAAGUUGUAUAAAGCAAACCAGCCAACCUACACACAAACGUUUUCAUAGGCACUGGAUAAAGAGAAAUAUAUGUUUAUUGACUCAAAUCUGUUUUUCAGAGCGGAAACUUCACUGGGAUGAAAAGGAGGGUAAAUUGGUUUGUUAUUUUUUAAAAACUUGCAUGUUUUAAAAAACGUUGAUUGCUUCAAAUUUCUGCUACUAACUUCAAGCUAUGGGAGUUUGGUGGUAGUCACUUGAGGAUUUUUUUUCCAAUUCUUUCCUUUUUGUUGUUAAAGCUGUACUUCAGUAAACAGAAAAAUUGCCAAGCGAACUAAUGGCUGUAAAAGCAUAAAUUGCAUGUGUGGGCAUAAAUUACGGAGCCUCAUUGCC